GCCUUGUGUUUCUUACUCUUAUUUAUCGCGUCCACAAAACUCUUUAAACUUUUCCCAUCAUUUCUUACAUUUUGAUUAAACUGUGAACCAAACCAGGAAUACGCGAUCGAAAUUGCCGCGUUGCAGAUAUUGUCAAUCAUUUCUCACGACUACCCACCUUUCCCUUCAACCCAUCUUCAUCAUGUCGGAUCAUGAGUACGGCGGCAGCGAUGAUCUUUCCCUCCCCAAGGCGACCGUCCAAAAGAUAGUCACCGAAAUUCUACCUGCAUCGAGCGGCCUCUCCUUUGCUAAGGAAGCACGGGAUCUGCUUAUCGAAUGUUGCGUGGAGUUCAUCACUCUAGUGUCUUCGGAAGCUAACGAGAUCUCCGAGAAGGAGGCGAAGAAAACAAUCGCGUGCGACCACAUCACCAAGGCACUGGAGACCCUAGGAUUUGAGGACUACAUCCCCGCCGUUCUCGAGGCUGCGGCACAACACAAGGAGACACAGAAGGUCCGGGAGAAGCGUGGGAAUAAAUUGGAAGACAGUGGGAUGACUCUAGCGCAACUGGAGGAGAUCCAAAAGAAGGCAUUUGAAGAAGCCGCCAAGCGAUACAAUUAAGCCUUCUGGCAGGGCUCUAGCGCAUUCAUCUGGAAAAUCCGGUGUUUAUUAGGGUAGGACUUAUCUCUUUGUCAGCUCGGUCAGCAACCUGGUUAUCACACCCUCGACAUAGUGACGAUAGAAGACGAAGCAUCUGAUGGCGUUGGUUCGAGGAAAUGCGGGAUACUUAUUUAUGAUUUCGGCGUUGAACACGGUUACAGCUUGGUGGCAGGAAUAAAUACAAGGAAAUAUUAAUAUGUGCACUGCCUUUUACUGAUUAUAUCUGUGUCGUGGGUAGCUUUUAUUGUAUGUCGCGACUUAUACCCCUUUCUUUAGCAUGGUCGGUUUCUCUACUUGCUGAUUUGACGGCAAGGCUGAAUCACGUUUAUAACUCUGAAUAUCCCUUUGUCAUAUUUCAACAUUGGCUUGUGCCUAAGAGGUAUGGGUACUUACAUGAUGCGAGCAUGGAAAUGCCUAACGUGAAAGCUACCAAUCGGCGAUGACAACGUUGCUUUAGAUGUAGGUGUCUAAGCCAGGCAAGCAGGCUCUGGUAUUGCUAAGCCACAAUAACUUUAUCUGCCUGUCUUCGUUAUCCGGGUCAGCCUGCAUAUCGGGCUCGCCGU